AGAUUUUAAGUUGACAUAAUGAGCGGGGGAGCCGAAUCACAGCCGGUGCAGUCACGGAAAUCAGCAAAAACGAAGAAGAAAGCGGCAGAAAGUCCAAAAUGCAGGAAAAUGCGGCUGGAAGUCGAGCGUGUGGAAAUGCUUAAACAGGUCGCAGCCGAAAAAGAACGACGACGAGAAAACGCCCAGGAAUUCAGGCGCAAAAAGAAUGACGCCAUCGCAUUCAAGGCCCAUAAAAUGGCCCCUAUGACGUGCACUUCGCAUACCAACAGUACGGAGGCUGGUUUAGAUAAAUCGCCUAUAAGUAGAACGCCGGAUCCGAAGGGAACGAGGCAGAGAGAGGCGAAAUCACCACCUGGUGUGGGAAAGUGUGUACCUUUGGAGAAGAAGAGUUGUGAAGCGCUAAACUCGAAAACAACGAAUAUGAGCGGGUUAGGCUCGACCUCGGUACCCACUACACCCACUAAGCCGAUAAAUGAGACGCGACAGGGGUAUGCGACCACGCCUGAGGCAAGAGGUGAGGGAAAGGCAAGUGCUAGAAACGAACGAGGCAUCGAGCAUGUACAAAAACACGCAGCGAAAGCAGGUGUCGCGCAUGCCCACAAAAUCCAAUGUGCUGAUGUUGGGAGUGUGAAUGAGCGCAAGUGCAGAGUACAGACAACCCGCUCUAGACAUACAACGCAGCGUGUGGUAGCCACGCCUCCUUUCACAGCCGGUGUGAAGGGAGAGGCGUGUGGGGAGGAUGCUAGCACUCCAGUGCCUUCUGAGCCAGUUGAUGACUGUGAGGAAUCUGUAGGAACUAGUUUGUCACCUGUGAACACUACUUCGUCACUUGAGGCCACUAAGGUGUCACCUGGUAAAAUUAAUUCGUCACAUGAGGCCAUUAAACUACUGCCUGAAUCAUCCGAGAGCUCGGAUGUGUCUCCUGAGGCUACUAUUCCGUCAUCUGAGAGUAGUGCAGUUUUUGCACAUGCAAGUGUGUCCAGAAGUGCUAGUACUACUCCAGACACAGAGGAGAUGAAUCAAGCUCAUGCUCUGCACAUUCCACCGCAACAUGACGCGGAUUGCAGUGUAGAGUCGGGUGUCGAGGGACCGGAUACAGCCUUUGUCCACGUAGACUCCAGCAAGACAUACAACAGUGCGAACCAGGCACAUGCGGUAAAUUCGCAGACAAGUCUACCACAAAGUGGAGAUGAUGCGGACAAGAAACGUGUGGAUAUGCAGGGCGAACUAGAUGUAGACACUAUAAUAGACCAAUCAGGAAAGGAUGUACCUGACAAGCAUGUGAAUGUAAAGGGCAAAUUAAGCGUGGCUGCUGUAGACUCUCCACAAGGGCCACGUACACCCCCCCACACACCCCUCGAUUGCCACAGUAUACAGGAUCCUAUGUUGGCUGAGGCCUAUGCCGUCAAUGCGGCGAAGCUUGAGGAGUGCUACAGAAUGAGCAGAGAGAUUGCUGUGUUACUUUGCGUCUAGGCGUUGUGAUGGGGGGUGGUUAUUGAUUGUAUGCUAUUUGAUCUAGUACGGACUAUGAAUUAAAUAACACCGCCCCCUUGAUUACCGUAGUAUACAGGAUCUUGUGCUGGAAGGGCCUGGCCUGUGUAGUAAAUACGACGAAGCGUGAGGAGUAUUGUGUAAUGAGCAGAUGAAUUGCUGCGUUGCUUUGCGCCUAGGCGAUUUGAAUAUGGAUGGUACUUGAUCGAACUCCAUACUUUUUAACAAAAGUACAUAAAUAUAACGAUAUACCCCCGUCAGGCUCCAAGACCCACUUUGCUAGCACAGCCUGUGUAGUAAAUGCACCGAAGCUUGAGGAGUAUUAUAGAUUGAGUAGUUACGUGUAGGGGAUUUGGAAAUGAUUCUUGAUUGUGAUGUCUUCCAUUAUAUUUAGUAAAAAGUAUUAAUUAAAUGACAGAC